AUGUCACCCAGCCACCACGGCACCGAGCCUGUUUUUGACGUUACCGGGGUCACCAAGGUCUACACGUCGGGCGAGGUCGAGGUGCGUGCGCUCGCCGGCAUCGAUCUCCAGCUCUUUGCGGGUGAGAUCGCCGUCCUUCUGGGACCGUCCGGCAGCGGCAAGUCGACACUGCUGAACAUAAUCGGCGGUCUGGACCGCGCCACCUCGGGAUCGGUUCUGUUCAACGGCCGCGACCUGAACGACUUCAGCGAUCGCCAACUGACCCGCUUUCGCCGAGAUCACAUCGGCUUCGUGUUCCAGUUCUACAAUCUCAUCCCGAGCCUGACGGCCUGGGAGAACGUCUCUCUGGUCACCGAGGUCGCGCGUGAUCCGAUGACGCCCGACGAAGCGCUGGCCAUGGUGAACUUGACAGAUCGAAUGUCGCAUUUUCCCGCGCAGCUGUCGGGAGGAGAGCAGCAGCGCGUGGCAAUAGCGCGCGCGAUUGCCAAACGCCCCGAAGUGCUCCUUUGCGACGAGCCGACCGGCGCGCUGGAUUCAAAGACCGGCGUGAUCGUCCUCGAAGCGCUCACCCGGAUCAACACCGAAUUCGGCACGACCACCGCGAUCAUCACCCACAAUGCCGGGAUCCAGCAGAUCGCCCACCGCGUCUUCCAGUUCCUCGACGGACGCAUUGCAUCAAUGCAUGUCAACGAAGCACGGAUUGCGGUGCUUGCGGUCGGGCUCGUCAUUGCCUGCGGCGUCAUGACGAUUGUGCUGUUCGUCGGUGCGACCCGGUCACUCGAUGAGACCCGGUCCGCCUUCUACGAACGUUACCGGUUCGCGAGCGUUUUCGCGUCGGCCAAUCGCGCACCGGAGCGGCUCAAGCGUGAUCUGGCCGCCAUAGAAGGGGUAGCGGCCGUUGAAACGCGGAUCGUCAAGGAUCUGAUUCUCGAUAUUGACGGCAUGAUAGAGCCGGCCGCCGGCAUCGCCGUGUCGCUGCCGGACGCAGGCGAGACACGCGUCAACAGGCUUUACCUGCGUCAGGGCAGGCUGCCGGAACCGGACCGGUCUGACGAAGUCGCGGUGGUCGAGACAUUUGCAUCCGCGCACGGUUUCCGCCCGGGUGACCGCUUCCGCGCCCAGAUAAACGGCAAGAGCCGGGAGCUGACGAUAACGGGCGUCGUUCUGUCGCCUGAGUUCAUCUACGCGAUCGGGCCCGGAGACAUGGUUCCCGACCAGCGCCGAUACGGGAUCUUGUUCAUGCCGCGCAAGACGCUUGCCGCCGCAUUCGACAUGACCGGAUCGUUCAACAGCGCGGUCCUGACAACAUUGCGCAAUGCCGAUGUCGAGGUCAUCACGGAAGCCGUUGACGACCUGCUUCGGCACUAUGGCGGCACCGGUGCGUAUGGACGCGAAGACCAGACGUCGCAUGCCUUUCUCGAUGCCGAAUUGACGCAGCUCGAGGCCAUGGCGGGCGUCAUUCCGCCGAUUUUCCUGUUUGUUUCCGCCUUCCUGGUCAACAUGAUCCUGUCGCGCCUGAUCGCCUUGGAACGCGAACAAAUCGGCCUGCUCAAGGCAAGCGGCUACACAAGUGUCGGCGUUGCCUGGCACUACGCGAAGAUGGUGCUCGCCAUCGUCCUCGUCGGGCUCGUGAUCGGCAGUGUCGCGGGCGCAUGGCUGGGCGGAUCGCUGGCGCGCCUCUACGCCCAGUUCUUCUCGUUUCCGUUCCUUGUCUUUGCCGGCAGCGCCGAUCUCUAUGUCAUUGCGGCCGUCGUAUCGGUGAUCGCGGCGCUCGCCGGCGCUGCGAGCGCCAUACGAACCGUUGUCGCCUUGCCGCCUGCAGUCGCAAUGCGGCCGCCGGCGCCGGCGAACUACAGGAGCCUUGGUCUUAACCUUGGCAUUCUGCAUUCCGUCUUUUCACAGCUGACGACGAUGGCGCUGCGCCACCUGUGGCGGAACCCGGUGCGCACCGGCCUCACCGCGUUGGGUACAUCAUUCUCGGUGGCACUGCUUGUGACGGCGCUGUUUUCAUUCGACUCCAUUGACCACAUGAUCGACCAGAUCUUCUUCCAGACCUCGCGCGAGGACGCGGUCAUUGCUUUCGCCGGCGACCGGCACCCCGAUGCCUUGCGUGCGGUGCGCCGCAUGCCGGGCAUUCUUGCCGCCGAGCCCUACCGUCAGGUACCCGUCACGAUGUCCAACCGCCACAUCGAAGAGCGGCUGGUCCUCGAGGGCCUGCCGUCGAUGACGGAUCUGACGCGUGUGCUGGACCGGGAUCAGCUUCCGCUUGCCCUUCCGUCGAACGGAAUCGUGCUCUCUGAUCGGGUCGCCGAGCGGCUUGACCUGCGGGUGGGCGACCUCGCGUCCAUCGAGGUCAUGCAGCAAGAUGACAGGAUCGUCCACGUUCCCGUCGCCGGUACGAUCCAGAGCCUCGUCGGUCUGACCGCAUAUAUGGACCUCGAAGCCUUGAACAGGCUUGUGCGCGACGGCGACCGCAUCAGCGGCGCCCGCGUCAAGCUCGAUGCAGACCGGCUCGGCCAGACCUACGCGGCAGUCAAGGAAACACCCGGCAUUUCCUCGAUCGCACUGACCAACCUGUCGCGCGCGAAUUUCCGCGCGACCAUCGAAGAGAACAUCGUCAUCAGUAUCACCAUCUAUACCGUGCUCGCGGUGAUCAUCACCUUCGGCGUGAUCUACAACUCCGCACGUAUCCAGCUUUCCGAACGCGGCAGGGAGCUUGCCAGCCUCAGGGUCUUUGGCUUCACGCGCGGCGAAGUCUCCUCGAUUCUGAUGAUCGAACUGGGGGUCGUUGUCCUCUUUGCCCAGCCUCUCGGCUGGGCGCUCGGAUACGGCUUCGCAUGGUCGGUAGCGCAGGGAUUUGAAAGCGAUCUCUACAGGAUUCCAUUGGUGGUCGAGCAGUCGACCUAUACGACCGCGAGCCUGGUCGUGACCGCAGCGGCCGUCGUCUCUGCGCUGGCCGUGCGCAGGCGCAUCGAUCGUCUCGACCUUAUCGAAGUCACCCGCGGACAGAUGGUCGUCUUCGUUGACGAGGAAGGCGUAACCAGGGUGCGGGACGUUUAUGCCGUCUCGUCCACGCUCGCCGGACAUCUCGACCGCAUCGAUCUUGAGGAAGGCGAUCUUGUCUCAAAGGGUGACGUCAUCGCCACGAUCCACCCGCUCGCUCCGCCGUUCAUCGACGAGCGCACCAGAACCGAACUCGAGGCCGCGAUCGAAGCCUCACGCGCCGCCGUGGCGCUGGCCAAUGUCGAACAUGCGCGCGCGCAGACCGCACUCCGGCUGGCGCAAUCCGCAUACGAUCGUGCGUCACAACUCGCCAAGACGAGAAUCGUCUCCGACAGCGAUCUUGAGCGGGCCUAUGGCGAACUCCAGAUCAAGCAGGCCGAGGUUGAGAGCGCAAUGGCGGGCAUCAACCUGCGCCUGGCAGAGCUUGCCAGCGCCCAGGCCCGCCUCGCCCAGCCGGUCGACAUGGCCGGAACCGGUGAAAACGGCCGAUGCUGCGUCUCAUUGCUCGCACCGAUCGACGGCGUCACGCUUGCCAUCAAGGUUCGCAGCGAACAGGCGGUCGCGGUUGGCACUGUCGUGGCCGAAUUCGGGCGCCCCGACAAUCUCGAGAUCGCCGUCGAUCUGCUGUCUUCAGAUGCCGUUCGCAUCGGUCCGGGCACCGAGGCCGUCAUUUCGGACUGGGGUGGCGACCAGGACCUGCAUGCCACCGUCCGGAAGAUCGAGCCGGCCGCGUUCACGCAAGUGUCGGCGCUGGGCAUUGAGGAACAGCGUGUCAAUGCGGUUCUCGACAUCGACGAGGUACCGGAAGGACUUGGCCAUGGCUACCGCAUCGUGGCGCGGCUUGCCCUCUGGCGGGGCGAAGACGUGCUUCAGGUUCCCAUCAGCGCACUGUACCGUGACCAGGGCGAAUGGGCGGUCUUCGUCGCCGAGAACGGGCGCGCGCGUAUCAGGAGCGUUGAACUUGGACAUCUGAACGAUAGCGCUGCCCAGGUCUUGUCGGGACUGUCGGAGGGAGACGCGGUUAUCCUGUUUCCGAGCGAUGUAUUGGCCGACGGCCGCGUGAUUGCCGACCGGGCAAGCGAAGGCCGCUGA